UGCCACCUGAUUCACUAUCUGAGGCUCAGCCAUCACUUGAUAGUUCUGAAUUAUGUGAUUGGUACCUUUGACAAGCUGAAGUCCGUGUCUUCCGAGCACGUUACCAUCACGGAUGCUGUUUUUGAUGGUGUGGAAGUCAGGGUGUUUGAACCUGCUGCGAAGCAAGAUGAGACACUAAAGCGCAGCGUUGUUUAUAUCCACGGAGGAGGCUGGGCCUUGGCAAGUGCAAGAACAAGCCUUUAUAACAACCUCUGCAGGAUUAUGGCCGAGUCUCUCAAUGCUGUAGUUGUCUCAGUUGAGUACAGGCUGGUACCAGAGGUGUGCUUCCCUGAGCAAUUCCAUGAUGCCCUUCGUGCUACCAAGCAUUUUUUGCAUCCUGCUGUCUUAGCUGAAUAUUCGGUUGACCCAAGUCGUGUUGCAAUCUCCGGUGACAGCGCAGGAGGGAACCUGGCUGCUGCUGUGUGCCAGCAGCUUAGCAAAGAGGAGCAUAUGACCGUCAGACCAAAGCUGCAGGCCUUAAUUUAUCCAGUCCUUCAGGCAUUUGACUUUAACACACCUUCGUAUCAGCAGAACAUGAAUAUGCCUGUUCUUCCUCGUUAUGUCAUGAUAAACUACUGGAUAGACUAUGUCAAUGGUAACUAUGACCUGGCUCACUCACUGAUGAUCAACAAUCACACUGCUCUUGACGUGAGCCAAGCUCUGUCCUUCAGGGGACGCUUGAACUGGACAUCUCUCCUCCCCUCAUCUUUCAAAAAAAACUACAAACCUGUAAUACAAACUACAGGCAAGGCUGAAAUCGUCCAGAAGUUACCAGCACUGCUUGACGUACGAGCAGUCCCACUGCUGGCAGAAAACGAAAUUUUGCAGCGACAACCAAAGACCUACAUCCUCACCUGUGAGAAUGAUGUCCUGAGAGAUGAUGGGGUGAUGUACGCAAAGCGGCUGGAGAACGCAGGCGUGGAAGUCACACUCGACCACUUUGAUGACUGCUUUCAUGGCUGUAUGAUAUUCACCAUUUGGCCUACUGAUUUCUCUGCGGGAGUUCAGACCAGAAACAGCUAUGUAAAAUGGCUGGAUGAAAACCUCUGAGGAGAGAGUUUCUCUAGAAGACCCCGGG